UGAUAAUUUCUCUCUCUCAUAAACCCUAAUCACCUGAUCUAGGGUUUUAUUUCCGUUCUCCUUCACCCUCCUUUGUUUAUCGCACAUUUUAAUUUUUAACUGAAAAAUGGCGAAGCGUUUGACGCUAUUGUUGAACGGAGUUUUGGUGGAGAAGAUUGUUCCUCCUGCAAAGACUCAUGCCGGCAUUUUAGUCCCCGAGACCAGCAACAAGCUUAAUUCUGGAAAAGUUCUUGUUGUUGGACCUGGCCUUCCCGACAAGUCUGGGAAUCAUGUUCCUGUUGCUGUCAAAGAAGGGGAUACUGUACUCCUGCCUGAAUAUGAAGGAACUACAGUGAAGCAUGGAGAAAAAGAGAAACUCCAUCAAGUAACAUCAGCAGUUAAAACUGGGUGAAUCAGCCUUAUUGAUCUUGUUGCAAUGUGAAGAGAUAAACAAGUUGAUGCCGGAAGAGAGUUUGAAAGGGAACGAAAAGAACUGAAGAGUUCUUUGUCACACUUUGGGUUUUCAAAACUCCAAGGGAGGGCCCUUUACCAAAGAGGAGUUGGAUGAAGGUCGAGACAAGUGGGCUACUUAAUUCAACGAUUGUGAACUACUGUAAUAAAUAGAGCAGGCUUGUAGUUAUCCGUGACUCUUAAAUUAUUUUGUUAAUUAUCGAUUUAAUUAAUUACAUUUGAAUUAAUUCGGUAAUAUUAAUGGAAAUUUGAAAUUUAUAUCAUUUUUGAGGAAUGUCAAGCUGAUGUUUGG